AUGAAUUUUUUUAUUAAUAAUUUUAAUUUUUUACGUUGUUUCUUGUUGUUUUUAUGCAUUUUACCUUUCUCUACAGCCAUUUAUCCAAUUGUUCUUUGGCACGGAAUGGGUGACAGUUGUUGUUCGUCUGGUAGUAUGGGAUACAUUGCUGAAUUAAUAAAAAAAGUAUUUCCAAAAGUAAAAAUUCUUUCGCUUAAAUUCGGUCACAAUGAAUUUGAUGAAAAAUAUAAUUCUUAUUUUAUGAAUGUCAAUGAUCAAGUAAAAUUUGCAUGCGAACUUCUGAAAAAUGAUUCGAGAAUGAAAAAUGGUUAUAAUGCGAUAGGAUUUUCUCAAGGAGCACAAUUCCUGAGAGCAGUUGUUCAGAGAUGUCCUGAUCCUCCAAUGAAAAAUUUAAUAUCAGUCGGUGGACAACAUCAGGGAGUUUACGGUUUACCAAAAUGUUCCGAAUCGUUUAGUUUUUGCAAUGAUAUUAGAAAAUUAUUAAAUACUUUAGCUUACACUGAUUAUGUUCAAAAAAGUUUAGUUCAAGCUCAAUAUUGGCAUGAUCCACUCAAUGAAGAUCUUUACAGGCAUCAUUCAACGUUUAUAGCCGAUAUAAAUAAUGAAAAGGAUUUCAUUAAUGAAACCUACAUAGAAAAUUUAAACAAAUUAGAAAGAUUGAUUUUAGUUUUAUUCGAAAGAGAUAGUUUGGUGACUCCGAAAGAAUCAUCAUGGUUUGGAUUUUAUUCUCCAGGACAAUCACAAAAAGUAAUACCAUUGGACGAAACAAAUCUUUUCAAAAAGAAUUUGAUCGGGUUAAAACAAUUAAUAGAAGCUGAUAAAAUACAUUUUGAAUCUGUCAAUGGAGAUCAUUUACAAUUUUCAUCGGAAUGGUUUAUGAAUCUUGUAAGGGAAUAUUUAUCGGAAGAUAAUCCAACAUUAAACAUAUCUAAAAAUCAUACUUUAUUUUCUCGAAUAAAAUUAAAAAAUAAUACAAAUAAAAAUUAUGAUAAUUAA